AUGAGUAAUGGGCAAUAUAAUGGAUCAGGACAAAAUGAGUAUUUAAAGGAUUUAUACCAUUUAAACCAUAAAAUCUCCAUCAAUGUAUCAGUUAAUUCUAUAAAGAUAUCACCCAAUGGGAAAACCUUUGCUUGUGCAUUAUCUGAUUCAACCAUAAGGAUAUAUGACUUAGUGAGUGGAGAAGAGAUUGUGAUACUAAAGGGUCAUACCAAGGGGAUAUCAGAUCUUGAAUAUUCACCUAUCAAUUCCGAUAUCAUAGCAUCAUGUUCUGAUGAUUUAACCAUUAGGAUUUGGUCAAUCAAGAAAAAGACAUGUCUUAAAAUCUUAAAGAAACAUACCUAUCAUAUAACGACUAUAAAAUUCACCUCAAAGGGUAAUAUCUUAAUCAGUGGAUCGGCCGAUGAGACUAUUACGAUUUGGGAUAUCACCACUGGAAGAACUUUAAAGACCUUGGCUGCUCAUUCUGAUCCUGUACUGUCUAUAAGUUUAACUCCUGAUAAUUCGAUUAUAGUAAGUUCAUCAUAUGAUGGAUUAAUGAGAUUAUUUGAUUUGGAAACAGGUCAAUGUUUGAAAACUUUAACUUAUAAUAGUACUAGUCAUGGUACAGCCACUGCUUCUACAAAUGAUGUUUUAAAUUUCCCGAUAUCAAAUGUUGAAAUCUCACCUAAUGGGAAAUAUAUCCUUAGUUCAAGUUUAGAUGGAUUGAUUCGAUUAUGGGAUUAUAUGGAUAAUAAAGUUAUCAAGACAUAUAUUGGUAUAGAUGGUAAACCUAUAAGUGAGAAAUAUAAUUGUGGAACGAGAUUUAUUACCAAGACUAUGACUCCAAUGAUUGUAUCAGGAUCAGAAUCUUUAGGAUUACUUAUCUGGGAUAUACAAAGUAAGAAGGUCGUAUAUCAAUACCAAGAUGAAGCUGAAACUGAUGGCGAUUCUCAAAAUCCAGUGUUUGAAGUAGAUGUAUCUGAACAAGGUAAAUACUUGGUAUCAUGUAGUAAAAAUGGUAUAAUUAACGUUCAUGAAUUGAAUCCAAAAUAUGUCAAAACCACUCCAGAGAAAAUAUAUCGUGAUGAUACUCCAUUCACUCCCUUAUCCUGA